GCACUAUGGUUCUACCGAAGGAGGAGAAAGUAGCAGUAAACAUGGACUCCAAAGAGAAUACGCCGAAUUUAUCAGAAAAUGGUAAACCCGUGAUUACAAUAACGCAGAUUUCGCGACCUUUCUUUACCCAUUCCGAGAUAUCAUACAUGCACAGCCAGACCAUAGAUGAAAGCAAGAAACUUCAAUAUAACCAGACAAAAUACCAAAUCUUUCAGUUGUUAUACCAAGUCAUCAAACAGUUGAAGUUCCCCUUGAGAGUAUUGGCCACGGCCAUGAACUAUUACCAGCGGUUCUACUUGUUUCACAAGUUUGACGGAGCGUUUGAUGAUAUGGACAAGGAUCCGUAUGUCGUGGCCAUCACCUGUUUAUUGUUGGCUAGCAAGAACGAGGAUUGCAUCAAGAAACUAAAGGAUUUACAGAGCGUCGUUAAUAAAUUGCGAGAUAUUGAUGAAAACAAACCUGUCACGAAUACGUUGGAUAGUAGUGGUGAUUCAAUUGCCUAUCAUGAGUUGCAGAGAAAGUAUGUCUUGGCUACCGAGUUUAAAUUGUUACAGUUGAUCAAGUUUGAUUUCAGCAAUGGUGCUAAUUCAUUGAGCAUAAAGACCAGUGUGGAUUGUUUGCUCGUGCAGUUUUGUAAACAGUUGGAUAUAAACUAUCGCAUGUCGAUUUUGUCGUGGUUGAUUUGCUUUGACAUCAUGUCGACACCGUUGUGUUUGGUUAUCCCGCCCCAUUGCAUUGCGGUGGCGAUUAUUAUAAUCAGUUUGAAUUUGAAACCACAGGAGAUAAAGUUGGACCACCAUGAGAUUGGCGAGGAAGAUGACGACGAGAGAUUAUCAGAGAUUCUCGAUUCCAUUGACUGCGAACGAGACUUCAAGUGUCCUGAAGUGUUGGUUAACGAAGGGAUAUUGUAUAUUCUCGACUACUAUAUUCACCAAUACAGCCAUUCGGUGUUGAACAACUAUCUACCAGCUAUAGACAAGCAACUAGGUAAAGAACAGAUAUUCAAGUUUAUGGAACUAAAGGAGAAGUUUAUUGAUUUGAAGAAUAUGAAUGAAACCAGCUGUAAAGAGAGUUUGAACCGUACCGAUGAGUAUUUGUCUAAGUGGGAAUUCACCACUGCCUCGAAGGGAAUUGCUCGAUUUAUGUUGGGAAACAAACGAAGACGAUUCAACAAGGAAUUGGAUAUACAGGGCUAAUCUAACUUGUAACUAACUGCAGUACCUAUUUCAUGCAAAUUAGUGUUAAACGAGGCAAAUUUCACCGACUCGACAUUGUCUCCUUCAAGUUCUUUCCCAUCCCCUUGUGUGUCACACCAUUCUAUAGGAACCGUAGUUGUCGGAUCAGUAUAUACCAACACAUUAAAUGUAUAGUCGUCGUCCUCUUUUAAUACAGGCAAAUACGAAACCAGCGAUGUAAUCUGUCUAAUGAUUGCUCUAAUCUCUUUCUGGAUUUCCUCCUGAGGUUUAUCGGAGGAAUUGUCGGCAUCUUGGGAUAUUAUAUCAAGAUUGAAUUCCCAGCGUUCGAUAGUCUCGUAGGUCGACUUGCUGAUUAUGGCAAGCACGAACCGGAGCAAUCGCUUUCCGUAGAUCCAUUUCUUGAUCUGUUUCAUGAUGGUGUCGAUGUAGGCCUUGACAUCGUCGUCAUUGGUGACCAACAUGAGUAAAUCGUAUUUGCGGACAGUGACAAAGUCCUCAGCAGGGUAUAUUCCUCGUUGAAAGAGGAUUGUGUUUAUCGAGAACUCAAAGUAGUCGCUCACUAUUUUCGAUGAUCCCUUUAAUGCUAGUUUAGACAUGUUGUGUAUGCU